AUGUUCACCACAAAGCGCAAGAUCCACAAUCUCCUCCACAAUGCUACCAACCGUGGUACCACCGCUCCCUCCCUCUCAAGCAGCCCCACGAAGUCACCCACCGCCACAAGGACCACCGUCAUUGAUGAACAUAACGAUGCUACAGCAUCAGAAACCACAUUAGUCGAACCUCCUAAAGAUUCUACCCCAACGAAGGACGCCUCGAAAUCCAUCUAUCAGCUUCCAAAGGGUAACAACAGCCUAACAUCCCUUAUUGACGAGUCUAUACGUAAACGACGAAGGGUGGAGCUGGAUCUUGCUAGAAGCAAGACUAUGGCUCCACCGCAAUCAUCCAGACCAACGACACCAGGCGGAGACUCGCGAGCGAGUUCCGUGGCCCCAAGUGCCAGCGGCACUGGUACUUCACCUAAAGUUAUCAAAGUCGCGGCUGCGAGAUACGCUCCUUGGGAUAGAAAUGAGUUCUUGCAAAGGCUAGAGACCUUUAGAUCUGUGUCUAACUGGAGCUCAAAGCCCGAGAAGAUCAACGAAGUCGCUUGGGCGAAGAGGGGCUGGAUUUGUAUGCAAACUUCCAAGAAUAGGGUCAGGUGUACCAGUCAUUGCGGCGGCGAACUGGUUGUGAAGGUCGAUUUCGAUGGUUUCGAGGUUACGGCGGAAGAAGUUGAAAAUGAAGAUGAGAACGAUGACGAAACUACCGAAGAGAAGAGGGAAAGACUUGACGCUUUGAUUACGAAGUACGAGGAGCUUACUGUGAGUGGCCAUGAAGAUGGUUGCUUGUGGAAAAAGCGUGGUUGUGAUAAAGCGAUAUAUCGACUCCCUCUACAACCUGCAACUGAAGCACGAAACGGUUUUUACGCCAGGUACAAAUCUCUCACCAAUGUCUCCGAUGACCAGCUCGUUAUCAACCUCACAAGGCCAAAUGAAGUCGAUACAUCCGUCCUAAACCUACCGGAAGACAUAGGAAAAGAGCAUCUUAAACAAAACGCAUUGGUUUUAGCCUUAUUCGGUUGGUCCAAAGAAGACAACGAAUCAUCUGUUGAAAUGGUCAAAUGCGAUGCUUGUUUCCGUCGGCUCGGCUUAUGGCUCUUUGUCAAGCGCCCGAGUGUUACAGAGGAAGAAGGCGACGAGUUCAGCAGUAUGUCGCGCCUUAAUGUGGUUGACGAACACAGAGAAUACUGCCCCUGGGUCAAUCCAGCGUCGCAAACCGGAGACCAUGCAGGCUGGGAAAUUCUCUUGAGGAUAUUGAAGAGCAGUAUUCCUGGGAAUCUAGUCGCUGCUCCAUCGCCGGCUCGUCCCAAGACGGCAGCAGUUACUCCACACAAGACCGAGGAGGAGCAUAGAAAAGACGACGAAAACAGGUGGAAGAGGCUUAAGAGUCUAAGGAAGUCUUACGGGUCCUCUUUUGCGAUGUCUAUCCUUGGCGGAAAGAAAGGCGACAAGAACGCUGCGGCCAGCAGCCCUUCAAAGGGGACCGCAACUUCCUGA